CAUGCUUUUAUGCUUUUUCUGUUUUGAUUGAAAAUUUUUUUAAAGCGACUUUAAAGUUACAACUAAUUUUAGUUAUUAAUGAAUGGAGUUGUUUUUAUUUUUGUGGGCCUAAAAAUCAGGUAGAUUGCUAAGUUUCAUUCUGUUUUGCUCAGACAUGACUGAUACAACUUUAGUUGGUUCCAAAUUUGACAUUCCGGACGUUCCAGAAUCUUCUCGCCUUGUGGAAAAAGAGGACAAUGAGUGUGAGGUAGCUGAAUCUGAAACACUCAAAUUGGAGACUGCAAUAGAUACAUGUGAAAACAAGGAACAUGAUCCUUACUCCUACACCAGAUUAGGCGAUUUCACGUCAGAAAUUUUUAAAAUUGAGCUUGGCAAUUUGCCAAAUUAUGUUGGAUAUGGUCAACUUAGAAAAUUGCUGAAUAUCACUUUAAGUUUGAGUCCAAGAAAAAUAAAAGCAAUAGGAUCACCACCAAAAUUUGUUUUUAUUACUUUUAAAGAUACUGGUGACAGAGAUUAUGCUUUAAAAGUUCUGAAUGGUUAUGUUUGGAAAGGUAAAACACUGUCAGCUAAAAAAGCCAACCCUGCUGCUGAUCCAAUGGUUAAAAAGAGGAAAGCUGGAGAUUCAGAAGACUGUCUAAAUUCGAAAAAAGCAAAACAGGAUGACACCCCUGUGGAACUAAGGCUGAAAAAUGCUGUUACUCCAUAUUGGAAUAUACCCUAUGAUGAACAGUUAAAGAAGAAAGAGACAGAUGUUCGUCAGUUUUUAAUAAAGCUUGGAAGUCAAAUAUGCCAGUUCAAUAAAUUGUUAAAGCCUCAUAUUCAGAAAAAUAGGACUGAUAACAACAAUCUAUGUUGUCCUCUACUCCCCAUAAAGCCUUCACCUACCACAAAAGCAUAUCGAAAUAAAUGUGAAUUUACUGUUGGGAAGCAUCUUCAUACAAAAGAAAAAACUGUUGGCUUUCGUUUAAAUGCUUACAAGGAAGGUUCCAUGAGCGUUGCGGAACCAGAUGACUGUAUCAACAUAUCGAAAGAAAUGCUACGAGCAGUAAAGAGUUUCCAAGAGUAUAUCCGGUCAUCUCCAAGAGAUGUGUUCAAUCCAGAAAAUCAUGAAGGAUUUUGGAGACAACUGACAGUUAGAACAUCAAAUAAUGAAGAUGUACUACUAAUUGUAGUUAUGCACCCUCAAGAUUUAUCACAAAAUGAGUUGGAGGAAGAAAAGAAAAAGUUAAAGGAAUACUUUGAAGUUGGACUUGGAAGAAUGUGUGGUGUAACAUCUGUCUAUUUCCAGUUAUUUACCAAAAGAAGUUCUAAUGAUGAAGUUCCAAAAUUGACACAUUUAAUGGGUUCUAAGUUUCUUGAAGAAACUUUAUUAGGGAUGAAAUUUCAAGUGAGUCCUGAAGCGUUUUUCCAAGUCAACGUUCCUGCAACAGAAAUUUUAUACUCAAUGGUUACAGAUUUUGUAAAGCCUAAUUCCUCUGUGUCUGUUUUAGAUAUUUGUUGUGGCACUGGCACAAUAAGCCUUUGUUUGGCAAAGGCUGGUGCUAAAGUGAUAGGCAUUGAAAUGUGUCCUGAAGCUGUGGAAAAUGCUAGAUUAAAUGCAGAAAAGAAUAAUCUAUCUAAUGUUCAAUUCAUGUGUGGAAAAGCUGAAGAUGUAAUUUUAAAUGCAAUCAAGGAUUGUGAUUCUGAUGAAAUUAUUGCUGUUGUAGAUCCCCCUAGAGCUGGUUUGCAUGAAAAAGUUCUAAAAGCCAUUCGAGGGACCGAUAAAAUACAAAAACUGAUUUAUAUUUCAUGCAAUGCCAAUGCAGCGUUUAAGAAUUUUAUUGACCUUUGCAGACCUACUUCUAACAAUUACAGAGGUAAUCCAUUUUAUCCAGUUCAAGCUGCUGUUGUAGAUAUGUUUCCUCACACUCCACAUAAAGAGAUAGUUUUGAUUUUUGAAAGGUAUAAUUGAAAGCAAGUAUGUUUUUGUUGUAAUAAAAAGUUUGCAUGAC